AUGGCGUCAGGAGGAGAAGUUCCAUCUGCCGUGAAUGGUCAUCCUGCACCCAUCUACUUGGUGUCAUCUUUGCCGGAGACCAUUAUGCCGACCUCAGCUACUACUGUCACCCAGGCUGGGACAGGAGACCAUCCUCCUCAGGCUCCACUGCCAGUGGCCCAGGUGGUUCCCAUCAUCCUCCCAUCCAGUGGUGGACCACUGCCCCAGUGGGUUUGUGGGGAGAGUGGUCCCGCCAACACCCGGAACCAGGCAUCACCUGAAACCUCCAGCAGGCCGAGUAGCGUCUACGAGAACUUUCGGCGCUGGCAGAACUUCAAGGCCCUGACCCGGAGGUACCUUCCUCAGACUCCGGACACUGAGGCCGUUUCCUGCUUCCUCAUCCCGGUUCUGCGCACCCUGGCCCGCCUGAAGCCCACCAUGAGCCUGGAGGAAGGCCUGCGCCGGGCCCUGCGGGAAUGGGAGGGCACGAGCAAUUUUGACCGCAUGAUCUACUACGACAUGGCUGCCAAGUUCAUGGAGUUUGAGGCUGAGGAAGAGAUGGAAGCGCAGAAGCUGCAGUGGAUGAAUGGCGUACAGGGCCUGCCAACCCCUGCCCCACCCAGGCCUGAGCCUCAGGGGGCUCCAGGCCCACCGCUAGGCCAGCAGCCAGCCUGUGUCCCUAAGAUAGUCAGACCCCGGGCUCGGGCAGCCUGCCCCAAGACGCACAAAUCACAGCGGGCCCCCAAAACCAAGGCCCCCAAGGAGAUCCCCCCUGAGACCAUGCAGGAGAACAUGGAUAUCAUGAACGAGCAGCUAAAGGCCCCCGAUACAGUCUGCAGGGCGCCCCUUGGCCGAAGGGCAGCGGGCAGGAAGGAGCAGCAGGAGGAGGCCAGGACCUGCCCUGACCCGGAGCUCCUGAGCUAUGUGUAUGAGCUGUGCUCCCAGGAGGCCUUUGUCACCAAGGUCGAGGCAGUCAUUCACCCCAGCUUCCUGGCGCACCUGCUCUCCCCAGAAUCCCAGCUGGAUCUCCUGGACCUGGCUGAGGAGCUCGAGGAGGAGGAAGGAAUUGUGGAAAAGCGUCUACGGACUGCACUGGACAAGGAGGUCCAGAAGUCAGAGCAGAAGUUCCCCCUGUGGGUCAGAAGGGCUGACACCAUUGGAGUGGAGAACUCAGAUGGGCAGGCUCCAGUGUGCAUGAAUCAAUUUGUGGAUGCGAGAGUUUGGUUACCGGCUGUGUGGGGAGGAAUUUCCAGAUGGAGAAACCACCAAAUGGUUCCAGAUGACACACCAUCGGGCUGUCCAAUGAACAACUGGGGAAACUUUGAUUUGAAGUUUCUCCAUAAAGAAGGACUCAGCCACUUCUGUACCAAGUCUGGCCACAACACAAUUUGGGAGGUCAAGUAUGGCCAGCACAAGGAAGUAUAA